CCUAUGUGUGACUUGGUCGUUGAUGUGGUGCCUUGGAAGACUGGCACUCAAUAUGCUUGUACACGUCGUAUCUGGGUGACUGUGGGUGCAAGUCAGGGGUUGGUGCCACGGACUGUGAGCCUGACACAGCCGUUUCCCAAGAGAAGAGCCAAGAGGAGGAAGCAAUGGCUGUGGGACUUCUUAAAGCCAUGUACCAGGAGUUGGUGACCUUCAGGGAUGUGGCCAUAGACUUCUCCCAAGAGGAGUGGGAUUGUCUAAAUUCUUCUCAAAGGCAUCUGUACAGUAACGUGAUGUUGGAGAACUACGGGAUCUUGGUAUCAUUGGGACUUUGCUUUUCUAAGCCAAGCAUAAUAUUAUUGCUGGAACAAGGGAAAGAGCCAUGGAUGGUAAAGAGAGAGUUGGCAAAAGGCUUGUGCUCAGGCUGGGAAUCUGUGUAUGAGAGUGAAGAAUUAACCCCAAAACAGGACAUUUAUGAAGCACAGUCAUCUCAGAAGAUAAUAGAAAAACUUACAAGCUGUGGACUUCAGUACUCCAAUUUGAGAGGGGAAUGGAAAUGUGAGGGCCAUUUUGAGAGGGAAACAAUGAAUCAGAAUGCAUAUUUUAAAGAAGAGAUAAUCACUCAUGAAGAAGCCCUUAUUAAUGAGAGAGGACAAGAAUAUAAGAAAUAUUGGCAAAGUUUCCAUGUGAAUACACUACUUCAUACAGAACAGAUUGUUUCAAAAGAGGAAAAAAUAUAUAAACAUGAUAUACAUAAUAAAAGGUUUAAAAAAAACUUAAUGGCUAUUAAACCCAAGAAUAUCUAUACAGAGAAGAAACUUUUGAAAUGUAAUGACUGUGAAAAAGUUUUCAGCCAGAGCUCAUCCCUUAUUCUUCAUCAAAGAAUUCAUACUGGAGAGAAACCCUAUAAAUGUGUAGAAUGUGGGAAAGCCUUCAGCCAAAGAUCAAAUCUUGUUCAACAUCAGAGGAUUCAUACUGGUGAGAAACCCUAUGAAUGUAAGGAAUGUAGGAAAGCAUUUAGUCAGAAUGCACACCUAGUUCAACAUCUUAGAGUUCAUACUGGAGAAAAACCUUAUGAAUGUAAGGUGUGUAGGAAAGCCUUCAGCCAGUUUGCCUAUCUUGCUCAACACCAGAGAGUUCAUACUGGAGAGAAACCCUAUGAAUGUGUUGAAUGUGGGAAAGCAUUUAGUAAUAGAUCAUCAAUUGCUCAACACCAGAGAGUUCAUACUGGUGAGAAACCUUAUGAAUGUAACGUGUGUGGGAAAGCAUUUAGCCUUCGUGCAUAUCUAACUGUACAUCAGAGGAUACAUACUGGAGAGAGACCCUAUGAAUGUAAAGAAUGUGGGAAGGCCUUCAGCCAGAAUUCACACCUUGCUCAACAUCAGAGAAUUCAUACUGGGGAAAAACCUUAUAAAUGUCAGGAAUGUAGGAAAGCCUUCAGCCAGAUUGCCUACCUCGCGCAACAUCAAAGAGUUCAUACUGGAGAGAAACCCUAUGAGUGUAUUAAAUGUGGGAAGGCUUUCAGCAAUGACUCAUCUCUUACCCAACAUCAGAGAGUUCAUACUGGAGAGAAGCCUUAUGAAUGUAAUGUUUGUGGAAAGGCUUUUAGUUACUGUGGAUCCCUUGCCCAACAUCAGAGAAUUCAUACUGGAGAGAGACCCUAUGAAUGUAAAGAAUGCAAGAAAACCUUCAGGCAGCAUGCACAUCUUGCUCAUCAUCAGAGAAUCCAUCUUGGGGUGUCAUUCUCACCACCUAAUUCAGUCAAUCACCAAGACCUAUAGACGCUAUUAUAAGUAUUUCUUGGAUGUAUACUCUUUUUCCAUCUUUAAUAUCACUCUAGUCUAUGAUCCAUCUCACCUGGAUCACUGCUAUAGAGUUUCUAACAGGACUUCCUUUAUCAACUUUUGGUUUCCUUAAACUUAUUUCUCACCUUGCCCAAAAGGAUCUUUUUAAAGUGUAAGAAUACAUACAUCACUGCUUCCAGUUAAAACUUUUUGACUUGCUGUUGUUCUUAAACUAACAUCCUCAGUCUUUAAAAUUGUCUAUGAGUUGCUUUAUUAGCUGGUUCUUUUAUACCUCCCAGCCUUAUUUUAUUUAUUUUCCCUCUCUGGGCACUAAGCACUUCCUGGGAUGAAAACCCUAGAUUCUAGAACAUUAUACUCUACCACUGCUUUGGG